ACUUCCAUCACUAACUAACUGCAGAUGUUUUUGGCCCAUUCUUUGUUUUUUAUUUUUAUUGAACAUCAAAUGCAAGAACUAAGAUGUUAGGCGACGAAUUGGAUAUUUACGAUGAUCUGGAUGAGUUCCAAGAAGUCGAGGAUAAGAAAUCCAAGGAGCUGCUGGAUCUGGAGGAGAAGUACACAGCCGCCCAGGGCGAGAUCGAAGGGUUAAAAGCCCAAAACAAUAAGUUAACUAAACAGAUAAAGCAAAUGGAAGUGAAUCUACAGAAUCUGCUUGAUACGGCCAAGGCGGAAAUUAAACGAAAGGAGACUCUAAUAGCAGAGCUACGGAAAGAAAAGGAUGAUAUAUGCUUCAGGCGGAAGAAAGCUUGGGGCGUGGAAGAUACAAAACCCAAUCAAAAACGUCCUAGACACGACAAAACUGAUAUUUUGGAAAAUCCAGGUCCUAUUCACAAACGAGCCAAACAAGAGGAAAUAGGAAAAAACACAGUUCAUGAGAGGAACAUUGGAAAUCCCUUUGCGGUCAACAUCCCAAAAACGGAUAAGACUGACAUUCUCAAAUCGCUAAGUCCAUCACCUGGGCUCAGUCGAAAACCUUCCACACAGCAUCCAUCAUCCAACGUUGUGCAAGAGAAGAGCAUAGAAAAGCCCGUUAAAGACAGCAACCAACAAGCGCAAAAUUCUGUCAGCCAUAAAUCACGAAGUCCAUCUCCUAUUUACAGUCGGAAAGCUUCAACGAAGCAUCGUUCCACUGACAUAACGCAAGAGAGGAGCACUAACGAACCUGCCAAAGUCACCAAUCAACCAGAGGAUAAGACCGCCAAACAUAAGUCAAGAAGUCCAUCAUCUGGCCACAGUCGCAAACCUUCUACGCAGCAUCGUUCUAGCAACGUUGUUCAAGAGAAGACUACGGAGAACCCUGUAAAAGGCAGCAACCAACAAGCGGAUAAGACCGUCCAACAUAAAUCUCGUAGUCCAUCACCUGGUCAUAGUCGGAAGUCUUCCACACAGCAUCGUUUCACCGACAGCCGGACGAGAGAACGAGAGCGGCAAAAAGAACGAGAUCGAGAAAGAGAACGAGGAGGAAGACAUGAAAGGGAAAUUCGACGUAGUCGUAGCCCAAAGCGAUCCAAUCAGGAUGAACGUAACCGUAAACGGGUCAGCAAUGAUAAGUCUAAUCAAACACGUCGUCGGUCCGGUUCUCGAUCCCGCCAACGUACUGCAUCCAGCGGAACUAGUCGUGAGCAAAGCUCUAACAAAGUAAAGUCUGACACUUUAAAAACUCUUUUUGGCGAGGAAACCAAUGACCAGGAUACUAUUUCGACUGCCAAUACUGAAGGGAUAAUGCAAAAUGAAUCGACAAUCCAUGUCGAAACUCUCAUUCAACCAGUGGAGAACACCUUGCCAAUUGAAAAGAAAAGCCAGAAAACUAAAGGCGAACUUAAGGAAAUUAAUGAACCACUCGCGAAAUCUACUUCUUUGGUGACAUCUAAGGAGUCAAAAAUUAGUGAAAAUAACCUAAAUGACUCCGAUACGGGAAAAAGUAAACUAAACUUGGACAGUAAACCUUUAGAAGAAACAGCAAUACCUGGUCUGGAUUUGUUAAGAAGUAAAGACAAUGACGGAGAACCGAACUCAAAGCAACAAAAUAAGGCUCAAUGCGAUGCCCAUUUCACUCCGGAACCGAUUCAAGUGCCACAAAUACCUGGCCUUGAUCUGUUAACUUCUGCAAAUAAUGCAACAGAGCCAAAUGAAUCAACACUUGAAGAUAUUUCCACUCCUGCUGAAAAUUCCGCACUUGCAACGAAAGAUAAUUCGGAAAUACCUGGUUUAGAUUUGUUAACAUUUGAAAAUAAUGAAAAAGAUUCCAAUCUAAGCCAGAAAAUUGAGUCAAAAUGUAAGGAUACUGAAACACCAAUUCAAGAAUUCACUCAAAAGCAUUCAAAGGAUGAUAGAAAAAUUGGACGUAUAGAAGAGUCAGCAAGCGUCAGCGUGCCGAAUAAAAUGGAAAAUCUUAAAACUACCUAUGUAAACAAUCAACCUCAAAAGGAUAAAAAGCAAGCCCACAAAGAAAUUGUCAGCCAACCAGAAAAAAAAGAAGAAGUUGUGCUUCCUAAAACAAAAGUAUCCAAAGAGGAUGCUGUCGAUCAUAAGAAACGAAACGAAAACGAUCAAAAAGUCAAGCCAAGUGACAGCAAACCGGAGAAAAAAGAAUCAGUUAUAACGCCUGAUGUGAAAGUCUUUAAAAAGGAUGCUGUGGAUAAGAAAGAUAAGAGAACAGACCAAACUUCUAAAGAACUACUAAUUGAAAUAGAAGAAAAGAAAUCCCUUAUUAGUCCUGAGAUAAAAAUUUUAACAGACUCUACUGAAGACGAUGAAACGCAAAAAGACAAAAAGCAAAGUUCAUGUUUACCAGAAUCACUUAUAACUCCUGAACUCAAAGUGUCGAAAGAAAAUGAUCGAAAAGGAAAAGAAGGAAAACAAACUAUCAAAGAGAUAAAAAUUUCAUUAGACAAUACUGAAGAUAAGGAAAAGCCAAACGACAAAACGCAAAGUUUAUGUCUAACAGAAUCACUUAUAACUCCUGAACUAAAAGUGUCGAAAGAAAAUGAUCGAAAAGGAAAAGAAAGAAAACAAACUUUUAAAGAAAUUGCUGUCAAAGCAGAAGAAAAGGAUGCUGUUUCCACUGGGUCUAUUCCAGAACUUAAACCGAUUGCAAAAGAACAAGCUUUGAGUGAAAGUUCUAAAAUAUUUACCCAGACACUUGAUGACUCAAGUAAAAAGGAAACUUCAAAAAUCGUUAAAGUUGUCGACAUGGAACAAAAUAGCACCAAUAGCAAUGAAAACGCCUUACAAAGUGCAUCAAAAACGAAAAAAGUUUCAUCUGAUUCACAUGGACAAACAAUUUUCCAUGCAACUCUAAUAACACCAAGACGCAAGCCACUUAAAGCAGGCUCUGAAUUCUCUGAUGACGAUGAACCCACCCCCAAACGCCCCACACCAGUAAAGGAAUCGAAGCUUAUAACACCACCAAGGAAAUCCAAAGAUAUAAAGCCUGAAGAUCAAGCCACAUCCAAGCCUCUAAAUCGUGCAAUACAAAUCAUUGAGGAUAUACGUUUGCCCGUCAUGAUGGAUAUCGAGCACAUUGCUGUACGAGUUGAUGGAGUUGAUGAAAAUGUGGAUAUACCCUUGCCACCGGCAUCAGUGAAAGUGUUGCCCAUGACAAAGCCAUCUACGAUUAUGUAUGCCCAGCCUGAUUCCACAAAAAUUGAUCACAAUGAGAAUGAUAUGGUUCUGGAAGCUGCUUUGAAUGUACUGACUGCGAUAGAAGAGGGCAAGGAUGCCUAUCCGCCCGAUAGGGAUAUGGUUGAACAGCAAUUGGGCGAUAUUAGCUUCGAAUUCGACACAUUGGAAUCGGCGCUGGAGCAAUUGCAUCAGACGUCACCAGAUGAAUCAAUUGUCACGUCAACAUCGACAAAAGCUAAUCAACAACUAACAGCUAAACAGGAUCUCAUUAAAAUUCUUAGCCGAUCGCCCAAUCAUGAAAGUCCAAUAAAGUUACCAACGGAAAAGACACCCUUAAAAAAGCGGAAAAUUAACAUGACGGAGAACUCACCCAUUCGACCCAUUAUAGAGCCAUCAGCCACCCAAGACAAUGAGGAUGACCAUCAUGUGACCAUCGAUGAGACGUUGAAUUUAAGCGAUGCUGCUAAUAGCGAUUCCAGCAUAGUCACAAAACGUUGCUCCCUGGGACAAAGUGAUUAUCAAUUUGAACGCAUCAAUGAUGAGGUCAUAUUACGUGUGACACGUCGUCCCCGUCGUCGAAGACCUCCUCCGGCCAAUACGGUUGAGAUCAAACAGAACUAAACAAUCGACAAAAUUGUGAUUUACUUCCACUUUUAGACAAUUACAUUUAAAUGUAUUGAAUUGGUGUUAUUCUCUUAUUUCUUGUAUAUCUUUUAUCAUAAGAUAUUUGCAAAAAUAUUUUCUAACCAAUUUAAAUAGUUUUGGUUGCAAAGAACUUAAUAAGAAUAAUGAGGGAAACGUUUAUUCUUUAAAUUUAAGUAAUAUAAUUAGUGCUUUAAGUUAGAAAUAAGAAUAAAGCAUUAAAAAAUA